AUGGCGCUUGCAGGGGGAAGUGCAAUGAUAAUACAAGAGUUUUCCACGGCUAAGUGCACAUUUAAAGUAUACAAGCAAGUGUUUGAAAAUAAAAUGAGAAUACACAACAUAGACGAGGCAAAAUGGCCCCAGUAUUUAAUUUCAUGUAUAGGCUUCGAUAUUGUAACAUUGCUGACAGAAUUAUGUUUUCCGUCUAGUCUGGACAGCAAAAACUAUAAACAAUUAGUUGAGCUCAUUGAAAGACAUAUCGAACCAACUCAGUCAGAAAUUACAGAAACAUACAAAUUUAUGAAAAGAGUACAAUUGCCUAAUGAAUCCAUUGCAGAGUUCGUGGCGGCCCUUAAAAAGCUUGCCCAAACGUGUAAUUUCGGGGCACAUCUGGAAAGAUCAUUGAGAGAUAAAUUUGUUCAUGGCUUACGAUAUGAGAAUAUUGUAAAAAGACUCUUUAAUGAAGAUAAAUUAACUUUCACGACAGCGGUGAACAUAGCUAUAGGGAUGGAGCUGGCUGAGAAAGGGGCGAGGCUGAUUACGCACGGCCAAGAAGAAGCAGAGGUGCAGAAGGUGUCUCAUCAAAAAGAAAGUAAAGAGACGGUGAAGGUGAAAUGUCAUUGUUGUGGUAAGCUGGGACAUAUAAAACCGAAGUGUAAGUUCAGAGAAGAAGAAUGUUACAAAUGUCAUAAGAAGGGGCAUAUUGCGAGUGUCUGCCGAGCCCAGGUUAAUCUACAUAAGAGGUUUCCGUCAAGAAAAGUAAAGGAGGUAAAUAAAGAUGAAUUUUCAGUGUUACAGGUUAAAAGCAGUGUGUAUUCAGAAAAGGAAAAUUGUGAUUACGGGUUAGAGUUACUAUUUUAUCAAAAUGAAGAUAGUGUAAAGGUUAAUAAAGUAACAUUAAUUGACGAAAAGUGUCCAGAUCCCUGGAAUAUUUCACUAAAUGUUAAUAAUGUUGAUAUUUUAUUUCAAAUUGAUUGCGGGUCAGAUGUAACAUUAAUACCUGAGUUUUUAUAUAAAUCACUACUGCCAAAUGUAAAAGUAUCAAAUUGUUUUUCAAAAAUAACUGGUUAUGGAGGUCAAUAUAUAACAGUGAUCGGUAAAACUCAAGUAUUAGUUAAAAAUAAAAAUAAAGAUUAUUUGGCUCCAUUAAUUAUUGUGAAAGAAGGUAAGAAACCUUUGUUAGGUAGAGAUUGGCUCAGUGUAAUAAAAAUUGAUUGGAAUAGUUGUAAGAAGCAGUGUAAUAAUAUUGAAAGGGAGAAAUCUGAAAUUAAAAAGUUAGUGGAUAAGUAUAGGGACAUAUUUUCAGGAGUCCCUGGGGAAAUUAAAGGUGCAGUAGGUACUUUAAAAUUAAAAGAAAAUGUAACUCCUAUAUCUUGUAAGCCUAGGCGUGUUCCUUAUGCGUUAGAAAAUCUGGUAAAAGGGGAACUAGAUAAAUUAUGUAAAGAGGGUAAAAUGUGUAAGGUUGAUAAAUCUGAGGUGGUGACAUGGGCGACGCCUAUUGUUAGUAUCAUAAAAGGGCCUAAGAAUAUAAGAAUUUGUGGUGACUAUAAGACAGUAUUUAGUAAAAUAGAUUUGAGAAAAGCAUACAUGAAUAGGAGAAUGGAUGGUGAGGCACAAAAGCUGAUGACAUUGACUACACCGUGGGGGUUGUAUCGGCCAACUUUCAUGAUGUUUGGAAUGGCAUCAGCUCCUCAAGAAUGGCAAGAUUUUAUGGAUAAACAUUUUAAUAUGCCAAACGUGUAUUGUUUUAUUGAUGAUAUAUUAGUUGCAUCAUGCGAUAUAAAGAGUCACUUAAAAACAUUAGAGUGUAUUUUUAAUAAACUAAGAAUAUUGAAUAUUAAGAUCAAUAAAGAUAAAACAGUGCUAAUGUCUUCACAAUUAGAAUAUUGUGGACAUGUUAUUGACAAAGAGGGAGUUCACAAAACACCUGAGCAUGUUAGGGCUAUCUUGGAGGCACCACAACCUAACAAUGUAAAGGAAUUGCGAAGUUUUCUUGGUACUAUUAAUUUUUAUCAUAAGUUUUUAAAGAAUGCAGCAGAUAAUUUAAAACCAUUGUACCAGUUACUUAAAAAUUCUGGAAAAUGGGAGUGGGGAAAAGAACAAGUAGAAGCAUAUGAAUGGGCCAAGAAAGCUAUUGCAUCAGACCAAGUAUUAGUUCAUUAUAACCCUGAGUUGCCGGUGAUAUUGAGUUGUGACGCUUCAAGGUAUGGUUUAGGAGCUUGUUUAGCUCAUGAAAUUAAGAUAGGUAAUGCAGUGUGUGAACGUCCUAUUGCAUUUGCAAGCAGAACGCUCAAUGAUGCAGAAACAAAAUAUUCUCAAAUUGAUAAAGAGGCUUUGGCCAUUAUAUGGGCUGUAAAGAAAUUUGAUUUAUAUUUAAAAGGGAGGACUUUCACUCUUGUAACAGACCAUAAACCUCUCAUAUCAAUAUUUAAUCCAAGCAAAACUGCUAGUAGUAUUUAUGCUGAUAGAAUGACAAGAUGGUCCCUAAUUUUGUCUAAUUAUAAUUAUAUAAUUAAAUAUAGGACAUCUCAAAAUAAUGCUGCAGCUGAUUUCCCUUCUAGGUUACCGAUUAAAAAUAGUAGUGAAGAUGAUAAAAGUUAUUUGGAGGGCAACAUCAACAGCAUUGUUUUGGAUAACCCGCCAGUAACAUUAACUGAUGUAGCUAAGCAUACUCAAAGAGAUCCUGUGUUAAGUAAAGUUUUUACAUAUUUAAGGGAAGGUUGGCCAAAAAUUAUUGAUAAGGAAUUGCUUAAUUAUAAAGGAAAAGAGAGAGAGCUAUAUUUGAUUAAAGAUUGUAUUAUUUGGAGAGAUAGAAUUGUAAUACCUAAUAGUUUGAAAUCUAAAGUUCUGAUAGAAUUACAUGCUGGUCAUUUGGGCAUUAAUAAAAUGCAAGCUUUAGCAAAUAGUUGUUUUUGGUGGCCCAACAUUAGUAAUGACAUUAAGGAUAUUACAAGUAAUUGUGAAGGAUGCAUCCAAAACAGGAAUUUACCACCCUUAAAACAUUUACAUAACUGGGAAUGGCCUAAUGAGCCAUGGAUACGUCUUCAUGCAGAUUUUGCUGGUCCAUUUAGGGGACAUAUGUGGUUAAUUGUUAUGGAUGCACACUCGAAAUGGCCUGAAGUAGCCAAAAUGAAAUUGACUACCUCGAGUGCCACUAUAAAAUGUCUACGCAGUAUGUUCGCUAGAUUUGGCCUUACUGAGCAGUUUGUUACCGAUAAUGGUCCACAGUGGACCUCGGCUGAGUUCAUUACAUUUUGUAAGAAUAAUAAUAUCAGACAUAUUUGUACUGCUCCUUAUCAUCCAGCGAGCAAUGGCUUAGCGGAGAGGGGAGUGCAAACAUUUAAAAAGGCCAUGCUGGCACAGACAUUUAAUAACAAGGACUUGGAUCAUAGUGUUCAGCAGUGGUUGUUGGCUUAUCGUUCGGCUCCACAUGCUACCACAGGUAGAGCACCUUGUGAGUUGAUGUUGGGCAGGCAAUUGCGUACGCGUUUAUCUUUAAUUAAGAAAGAUGUAACUAUUCCUCGCCGGUCUGUUUGUAAUAAGCCAGUUAAACAAUAUUUACCUGGUGAUAAAGUACUUGUAGCAUCUUAUGAUAAGUCAAGGAAAUGGUUAGAAGGUAUUAUUGACCGACCGGUUGGAAAUGUAAUGUAUGAUGUAAAUACUGAUAGAGGUAUACUUACCAGAAAUGUCACUCAAUGUUUGCCUAGAAAUUCACGUGCCGAUCAAGACGAGUCUAAUAACACUCAAGAUAUGAUAGAGAAUGACAUUCCUGGUAAUGAGGUUAGUAUAAGUGCAACAUCUGAGGGCGAAUUGGAGACUUCUAAUAAUUCGACUAAUAGUUCAAAUGCUUUUAAUAAUAAUAAGAAAGAUUCAGUUAGUAUUCCUAAAUCUCCAAUUGGUAUUCAGACUGAAGUUAAAAGGAGUGGGCGUAUGCGUAGGCCAGUGCAGCGUCUUAAUUUGUAA